AUGGUUCGGGCUCAUCUCAAACAAAUUAAAACAAUCUUUAAGGAGCAACGAGCAAAACAGGACCACGCUGCCUUGGGUAAAGAAUAUGAUUCACUAACCGUAUUGAACGUGAUUAAGACUGACAUUAAAAAUGAAAAUGAAAUUACCGCAUCCAGUAUCAGCGAAGAUGAUCCGCCGUUGACAGGCUUCGCGCCGAAGGACACAUCCACCGAAACCGCACACCGACGUGGACGAAAACCCAAAGAUCAGCCGGAGUUUAUGCCGCAACUUUGCGACUUCUGCGGCAAACGGGUGUGCGGCGAAGCCGCCGAAGGUCACAAAAACCAACAUUUGGGAAUACGGCCAUACCCGUGUCCGGUGGCCGGAUGCAGUCUUGUGUUUCACGGCCGCUACAACCGAUUGCGUCACGUCAAACGAAUGCAUGGCGAGACGGGAGUCGAAGUGCACGCCUGUCACCUGUGCGGUAAGACCAUUCGUGGCCCAAGGCGGGCGCUAAAGUACCACCUGCAACGGCACGAGCAAAACCAGCGGGCCGAGAAGGCCUUCCUCUGUCAGAUAUGCGGAAAAGGUUUCGCCCUUCAACGCUAUCUAGCGCAGCAUUCCGUUGUGCAUUCGGGAGAGUUCCCGCACAAAUGCGGGUACUGCCAUAAGAAGUUCAACAACAAAUGGGGAAUGCGCACGCAUGAGAAAAACAUCCACGAAAAGCGAAAUCAUGUUCCUUUGGACUUUGGGCAGAACACUAAAGCAAAAUAA